AUGAAGGAUAUUCUCUCCUAUCACAAGAGGAGUCAUCAGCGUCUCUCUCCUGGAUUAUAUCUGGGUUACCUAAAGCUAUGUAGCUCUGUGGAUCAAAUCAAAGUCCUCGUUACCCAAAAGUUACCCAACAUUCUCUGCCAUGUGAAGAUCCGUGAAAACAAUAACAUUUCCAGAGAGGAGUGGGAAUGGAUCCAAAAGCUUUCUGGCUCGGAAUCUAUGGAAAGUGUGGAUCAUACUUCUGACUGCCCCAUGCAAUUGUUCUUCUACGAGCUCCAGAUGGCAGUGAAAGCUCUCCUUCAGCAGAUCAAUAUACCUCCACAUCAGGCAAGGAACUUCCGCCUCUACACACAGGAGGUGUUGGAAAUGGGUCACAAUGUGUCCUUUCUUCUCCUGCUCCCUGCCUCAGACGACGUCUGUACAGCCCCAGGACAGAAUAAUCCUUACACCCCACACUCAGGGUUUCUUAACCUCCCUCUUCAGAUGUUUGAACUUGUUCAUUUUUGCAGCUACAGGGAGAAAUUUAUUAGUCUGUAUUGCCGCCUUUCUGCUGUCAUAGAGCUGGAUUCUCUGAAUACCCAACAGUCCCUGAGGGAAGCGAUCUCAGACAGCGAGGUUGCAGCUGCCAAACAAAGACACCAGCAAGUUUUAGAUUUCAUUCAGCAAAUAGAUGAAGUCUGGCGUGAAAUGAGAUGGAUCAUGGAUGCUCUACAGUAUGCAAGAUAUAAACAACCAGUUUCUGGCUUGCCCAUCACUAAGCUGAUAGACCCCUCAGAUGAGCAGAACCUCAAGAAGAUCAAUUCUACAUCAUCACAUAUAGACUGUCUUCCAUCCCCAUCCCCAUCCCCAGAGAUGCACAGAAGAAAGGCAGUGAGUGACUCACAGCCCUGCUCUGACGAAGAAGCCUGCUCGGAAGUCUUCCUCCCCACAGACAGCGACUAUGACUCCAGUGACGCCCUGAGUCCCCGAGACCUGGACCUAGUGUACCUGUCGUCGCACGACAUCGCCCAGCAGGCCUUAAGCGGCCUAAGCGGCAGCGCUCCCGACGUCCUCCAGGUGCACGACGUGAAGACCGCGGCGGGGCAGAGCCAGGACCUCCAGGGCCCGGUGCAGGGCCCAGACCCAGACCAUGCGUGCGCCGAGUUCCUCCACAGCCUGACUCUGAGCGGCUUUGCGCCCAAGAACCGCGCCAAGAUGGCGCCGGGCGCGCGGCCGCCUCUGGGCUUCCUGGGAAAGCGGAAGCCGGGCAAGCACCAGCACUACAGGGGCUUCAGCCGCCAACACCGCUGGCUGCGCGCGCACAGCGAGACGCAGUCACGGUCGCUCUCCGAGGGCGUUUACACCCAGCACCUGCCGGGGGCCUGCGGGCUGGCCCUCGGCACAGGGGAGGCCGAGCGGCCGGGACCUGCCCUGGAUGGGCCCCGGGGCCUGGCUCUGGCCCACGCCGCCAGCCUCCCCGAGGGGCAGAACAGCAGCCUCCAUGACGCCAGGCCUUCAGUCCACCGCAUCUACGUGGAGCCCUACCCCGAGGACCUGGUGGCCCAGGACACGAAGCCGUGGGCCGGCUUGAGCCCACCCCCUGGAGGCCGCUCCGGCCUGCCCAGCCCCACAAGCCCAGAGAUGAGCCAGGAGGGCCCCACCACCUCCCCGGUGUCAGAAAUCCUCAGCAGCAUGCUUUAG